UCAGGAUGAGAUCAUUUCUCGAUACGUUUUUCCUCUGGCGGAUUUACUGGAGCGUGUGAAGUCCACUAAGAACUACCACGAGCCUGCCAGUCAAGAAGAGAUGUUUGCCGUGUUGUCUGCGGCAAAGGCAGCCGAGCCAAAGCGUAUUCCAUACUUCUUCAGUCCGGACCGCGAAAGUCCAGGUCGUUUGCUGCUCUCCUACAUGCCUUCGAGAAAGCCCAAGUUCGAGUCCGUGAACCUGACCCCCGACGGGUUCAAGUACAGAGGACUGGUGUUCAGCACAUUCGAGAAGUUGGUUGGCUACUUCAAGACCAACUUCAACAAGGACCCCAAUGCACACCGUGAAUUACAACACGCCAGCAACGCGCACGCACACGCGCACGAUUCAUCGUCACACCGUUCGCGUAAUGGCCACGGAGAUGGUUAUUCGAACUCACAUCACUCAUCGUAUGCAAACGGCAGACAGCCUCCUCCUCCGCCGCAGACCCCUGGACAGCCGACCGAUAUCGGUGGCCGAGACGACAGGCGAGACGAGCGCCGCGACGAUCGACACGAUGACCGCGGACGUCGCGACCACGAUCGCAGUGACCGCAACGAUCGCAACGAUCGCAAUGAACGCCGAAACGAGCGUGACGAGCGUGGUGAACGCUAUAGCGAGCGCGGCGCUGAUCGCGGCGAGCGCGAGAAGAAGCCGUCGCGGUGGGGCGCUGAGGCCACUGGGCGAAGUGUCCGAAACGACGGGGACAGGCGUGAUGCAUCAAGAUACGAGGGCAGCAGACAUGAUAGCGGUAGGCAUGACGGCGGUAGACAUGACAGCGGUAGACAUGACAGUCGCAGGCAUGAUGGCAGGAGUGACCGGAACGACAGAUACGAUGGUGGCCGAGGCAGACAGGACGACUAUUCCAGCCGAGGCAGUAGCUAUGGACAACAAGCACAGCCCCACACAUCAUCACAGGGAGGAUACGACAAAACCAGCACCACCAGCAGUCAGACCGGCGGCUACGGCUCUUACUCUAGCUCCCGUCACCAUGGUAACCUUGCCCCAGGCAACCAGAGCUUCGGCCAGCCUCAGCUACAGACUGACAGUAGUGAAAGUGCACCACUACCACCAGCUGACCCAGCUGCACAGCUACCACCCCCGCCCGCCCAACCAGCACCUGAAUCACCCAAGAUCCCAGACCAGGGCUUCAUUCAUCCCUCGCGAAGAGUGCCGGGCCAAAAAUAGCCGGAAUAUGAAAUGAUAUAAGGGAAAACACACGGGGAUGGCUACGCCAUUGUACUUGGGAAUGUAUAUGGGCGUAUACCGACGGGACCGGAAAUGGUGUAUGGUUUCGGCUGUGGCAUAUAUACUAGCAGUGUGGCUCUAUUGAGAGAAAGUAUGUGGAGGGGUCGGCUUGCAUACUGUCCAGUUGUUGGACAGACUUAGCAUGUUGUUAGAUAACUAUGUCACUAUGCGUCGACAACCUCGGCUGGAAGUCGUGCACGUACGUAGUCCGUAUCCAGUUGUAAACAUUAAAGAAUUUUGAGAGAGCGCAAUAAGACUG